UUUCACCAGAAUGUACCAUAACAAGAUUACGGCACAUUCUGAUAGUUUACCAAUAUGUGCCACAACAAACCUCCCUUUAUGUCUCGUUGCAUGUGACGUUGCUGCUCUCACUGACAUUCCAAAUGAUUUUACAGAGAUUAAUGAUUAAUCACAUGCAAAUACUCUUAAAAUUCAUAUCAGCUAAUGUCUUAUCUUGUUUAGAUUUGAACAGAUUGACAUACAUUCAUUCAUUGACUGGAGGUUAGAAUUGAAUCAGGUUUUCAUGAUGGACAGGGUAUGAACCCAUGACCCUCUGUUUCAAAGUCUUGAGACUAAUCCACUGGGUUAUAACAAUCCUUUGUCAGAUAUAGAUCAGUUAGAAAAGGCAUCGAGUCUUGUCGCUCCUAAUGAAAAUAUUGAGGGGGCAAAUAAUAUCUAUAUCGAUUUGCCCCCACCCCCCCUCUCUUUCCCCCACCAUAAUUUUGGCAACUUGAGAAAUCAUGAAAUUCAUAUAAUAUAUCUUUUAAAAAGAAAGGGAAAGUAAUAUAAAAUCAUUAAACUUUUACAAUGUGUAAGGAGUAAACAUAACAUACAAAAUAUUCAGUUACCUCCCUUGAACGUCUCGUUGCGUGUGAUAUUGCGGCUCUGGUAUUCCCCAUUAUUGAUUAUACAGAACAGAGGUUAAUCUAAUUAUUGUAAUACUUGUUUAUUCAUUGUUCGACUACAAAAAACGGGACAAUAUGUUUCUUGCUCGAACCACUGCUGUGUGACCUUGCUGCUCUCACUGGUUUUCCCCACGAUUAUACAGAAAUUAAUCAUCAAUCCUGUGCAUAUGCCUAAAUUAACAGCUGUUUUAUCUUGGUUAGAUUAGAACAGAUAGACAUCCAUUCAUUCAUUGACUAGAGGUUAGGAUUGGAUGAGGUUUUCAUGAAGUGAAGGCAGACUUCGUGAUGGAGGGAGAGAAAAAACGACACUCCAAGCGAAAAAAAUCGCAAAAUUCGUAGUCAACUUGGACUCGGUCGAUCAGAACAUUUCUCUGACUCUGAUGACACUGAAUUCCCUGAACCUCAACCUUGGAAGGGGACUGAAACGACAGCCAUGGAAGUUGAGGGAGAAAAAUCGUGUGAGGAGACAGGAGGUGAGCAUGAUCUGAUGCAAGUCGGGAUGAGUAGGCCUAAAAGACAAACUGGUAAGAGAAGUGUUUAUUCCCGUAAUCACCACAAGCCUCGUGUCCAUCCCGGUAGAGAUGACAUCCGAGAGGGAAUAUUUACAGAAAACACUGAUAAAACAGAUGAUGCUAAUCAUCAACAUUCUGGCCGUCACAAUACAGCUUGGCAAACCCAGGACGUCAAAACCAGACCACCAAAUAACCAACUUGAAAAUCACGUCCGGUCUCCGUCAAAUGAUCAAGGAGAUGUUGACAUUGAACCGGAGUGCCGUCGAGAUAUGGAUGAAGCCAAGAAUCAAAAUUUGGAUCUUGACCAUGGAGGUCAUCAAGCUGAACGGGAGCCUCAACAUCACAUGAAUACAUCUGAAGAUAUUACAGAUGACUGCCCACCAGAUGAUGUCAGUUUUAUCUCUGAAGACCUCAGUGAUGACAUAUCCGUUGUCCAUGAAAGGAAGUGUUGGGAUCACAUCAUCUCGUAUAAAGAAAGCGGCCAAGAAGAUGUCAUUUGCAUCUCUGAAGCACACAGAUCCAACAAGCACAUCACGAGGAGAGCCAAACCUGUGGGAUGAAAGCGCACUAUCUGACAGUUUGAGUGAAAGAGGGAGAGAAUACAACCUUCAUGGCCCAAAAAAACCCGACCAAUCCGUAGCAGAAUCCAAAGGUCUUGAAUCAUCGGAGCCUCGUUACCAUGGUACAUGAAUUAUCACGUGGUCUCAUACACCUUGGAGUUCGUCGAGGUGAUAGAGUUGCGAUCUGGGGUCCAAACUCACUGGAAUGGCUACACACCCAAUAUGCUGUCGCUUCCAUCGGCGCCAUCUUGGUUAACAUCAAUCCAGCGUGUCGCCAUGCUGAGUUAGAACAUGCCCUGUCAACUGCUGGUGUCAAGAUGCUGGUUUCUGCGUCUACGUUUAAAACGCAGGAUUAUUAUGAUAUUAUUGCAACUAUCUGUCCCCAUAUCACAUCAGCAAAGCCAGGAAACCUUCAGGGCCAAAGACUUCCAGAUUUGGAAUCGAUAGUACUCUACGGAGGCGAAUCCCGACCCGGAACCAGUUCCCUAGAUGACGUCAUGUCUAUGGGAAAUGAUGAGGAUGCAAAGAUCAUGGAUGCUUGCAUGAAGAGUGUACAAUUCGAUGAUCCAAGCAACAUUAUAUUCACUUCAGGCACUACAGGUUUACCCAAGGGUGCGACGCUCACCCACCACUUGUCUGUAAACAAUUCACACUUCUUGGGAAACAGAAUGGAACUUGAAAACUCAAACCACGUGGCGUGUGCACCCCCACCGUUCACCCAUAUAUUCGGAACCAACAUCAUCUCUUUGAACUGUAUGCUACAUGGAGUUAAGAUGGUGGUUCCAGCACCAAGUUUCGAGCCUGGACCUACGAUCAAGGCCAUUCAGGAUGAAAAAUGUACAUUAGUUUUCGGAACUCCUACCAUGUUUAUAUCCAUUCUCCACGAUGAAUCGUUAAAGGAUUAUGAUGUAUCGAGCGUUCACACCAUCUUUUGUGGAGGCGCAUCAAUACCACCAGAGACGAUGAAACUCGCGCAAAGCAUUAUGGGACUGGAUGAAGUUGUGUCAGCAUAUGGACUUACAGAAGUCGGGGGAAUAUCUACUGUGGUAUGUAAACAGGAUACAUUGGAGCGGCGCUUAAACACAGUGGGCAAGGUCCAGGAUCAUUUAGAGGUAAAGGUCAUAGAUCCAUCCACGAAUGAGACGGUUACCAUGGGAACAGCAGGGGAGCUGUGUUUCCGAGGAUGGUGCGUCAUGAAGGAGUAUUGGGGUAAUCCGGACAGGACCAAUGAAACCAUUGAUGAAAAUAGGUGGUUCCACACAGGUGACGUCGGAAAAAUAGACGACAAGGGAUAUUUUAAGAUUGAAAGUCGCCUGAAAGACCUCAUCAUCAGAGGAGGGUCUAAUAUCUACCCUGCAGAGGUUGAACAUCUUAUCCAUACGCACCCUAGUGUACAGGAAGUUCAAGUGAUCGGGAUUCCUGAUGACGUCAUGGGUGAAGAGGUUUGUGCUGUAGUCAUGUUAAAACCAGGUACAGAGAACAGUGCGGAAGAAGACAUCAAAGAGUUCUGCAAAGGAAAGAUCUCUCAUUAUAAGAUACCCCGUUACGUUCGCUUUGUCAACGAAUUUCCAACGACAGUAUCUGGAAAAAUUCAGAAGUUCAAACUACGAGAGCAUAUUCGAGACUUGUUGGACACAAAAAAGUAAUAACGGGACCUGAGUAGGCCUAUUCUUGCAAACUCCUUUAAAUCACCCAAAGAGUAUGGUCUAGAUUUCCCGUUUUAGUGUAUUGACAUAUAUUAUCUUCGUGGAACGAAUGAAAGUUAUAUUGACUUUAGAAGUAGUAUAAUUAUGGAGGAUUUAAUUUCAAAGGGAGCUUAAUAAUCCGCACUUAGCCUUUUUUUUUUUGCAAAUCGAGGUUUUAUUACUUAUACCUGGUUCUAUACUGUUACUUUUAUUUUGAUGCAUGUAUGAUAGGGCUGUAUAUAAUCUGAGAAAUAUUUUAAUCAAAUCUCCAAGAAAUGUAUUUAAAAAAGUUCCAGCUCAAUUUGGAAUAAAAUCUUAGUCAAAACGGAAAACGCAUGAACAUUUAAACACAUAAAAAACAUUGAAAUUAAACAUCAUAGAGCUUAAAUGCUCCUUCCUGAUGCUUUCUUGUUGAAAAUGAAAAAGAAAGGCGGAGGUUUUUCGAGGUUUCACUCCAAUAUAAUCAUAUAGGAGCUAAAUCUAAGAAUAUUUCUGAUAUCAAUACAGGGUGACACACAAUUUUCACCAACCUAGUGGUUGUUCACACAAGGUAGUAGACUUAUGUUAAUCAUAGAAAUUUUACACUAAUUUGAUGGCAUCGUGAGUGCAUGCAUAACUUUAUAAUGUGUUUCAAAUAUAUCCUAAAUGACCGCUUGGAAGGAGCUCUGUAUGGAAUAAAUGCUUUCGAUAUCAAUGUAUUAAAAUGCACACAUUUAUCAGUUUAUCUUUAAAAACAAUUUCGAUAAAAAUUAGAUUUAGCUCUAUUUGGAUAUUUCUGAUAGAAUCAAAUCAUCAAAAUAAAAAGAAUUAGAUGUUUCCAUCAUCGGACAUUCUGCAUUAUUUUCAGGCGUAACCGUGAGAGUGAGGCUAUUGUGUACAACUGUCUUUUGGAAAGUACUUUUGGUGUAUUAUGACUUUUUAUGUGUACUAAAUUUUGUAAAAUCAAAUGAUUAUUCGUGUCCAAAGUUGAAAUUUACUGCCAAAUAAAAUUAGAUAUUGCUGAAAGACAUUAUGUAAGAUUUCGUUCAAA